CCUCCUGUCACUUACGGAAAAGAGUAAAUAGUCUGAGUGGUUUGGCAUGUCCGCGGUGCUCAGGAGUACGAAGUUCAACUAAUACUUAGAUAUUGAGUGUAUAUACAGUAAGCGGGUAGAUAUAUAGUUAAUAGUAGGCUACUGCCAUUUAAAGGAGCUCUUAUUGCUCCUCCAGUAUUUUUUCUAUGUGUCGAGUCUGGAUUUACCUGCUUCCUGCCCUCUGUGCGCUUGUUUUGCCAGGUGUACAUCAGGUGCAGGGAAUGGAGGUGAUUACGUCCUCAGAGUUGGAGGCAGCCAAUGGGACAGAUGUACGGCUCAAAUGUACAUUUAAAUCUACCCAUCCUCUCUCUGAAGAAGGAGUCUCUGUAUCCUGGAGUUUUCGACCGCUCGGAAAGACGAUAGAAGAAUCGUUUUUUCUCUACCACGGACGUGCAUAUCCCCCGGAUAAAGGCACAUUUAAGGGUCACGCUGUAUGGUCUGGUGAUAUAAUGAAGGGUGACGCAUCCAUCACACUGCAGAAUGUGCAGUUCAUCUUUAAUGGUACCUACAGCUGCCAAGUCCGGAAUCCGCCUGACUUCCAGGGCUUUGCAGGCGAGAUCAGCCUUAGAGUCGUUCAGAAAGUCUCAUACUCUGAAAUUGCAAUUCUGGCAAUAGCUGUGGGUGGAUCCAUUGGCGUCAUUCUUCUGAUCCUCAUCAUUUACAUUGUUGUGCGUGUAUUCCGGAGAAGGGACGAUGACAUGGGCAUUGAGAUGGAGAACCACAAAUCAAAGGAUGAGGUGCUGUGAGAGAGAAUACCUGACUCAGGUUUUAGUGAGUCUGUGCUGUUAGUUUUUGUCUGCACUAACCAAUCUUUAACUACAUAUAUAUAUAUACAUUACAUAUUUUGCCACAGAAUUUUAUAGAUUUGUUUUAGAUGGCAUAUUGAUCAGAGACACUUCUCAUCUACUGAUAAUUUUACAGAGAUUUUUAAUUAUCAUAACCUAUUUUUUAUAUAUUUUUUUUGUAUGAAAACUUAAGAUGAGGUCAAUUUUGAUACAUAAAGUGAGAUCAUCCAUCCUUUGAAUUAUUCUUAAAAAAUAUGAGAUACUCUGACUUGCUGCCAAUAAGUAUGACUGAGACUUGUCAUUUCUUCUGUUUAAAUGAUGAAGCACUGCUUUUUGGCAGUUUGUACAGUCACACAUGUGCAUGAUCUGCAUAUACUAUAUACAUAUGUGCAAUUGUGCAUGUUUGCAUCUAUGUUGGGGUGUUUCCGGAUGUACAAUAUAUGUGGUUCACAAACCUGUGCAGCAGAAAAAAAAAAAAGAAAAGAAAAGAAAAACCUACCAAUUUUAAAAGAACAAUAUUGUUUUUAAAACUAGUAGAACAUUUUGUAAAUAUAUAAAUAUAUUUAUAUAGCACAGAUGGCACAGAAACUGCACAAAAAACUAUCAAACAAAUGUUGUAUUCUUUGUACUGCCUAUCUAUUGCAUAAACCUCAAAUCUUCAGUGUUCUGGGAUUCUCUCUUCAUCAGUGUUGAUUUUGCUGUUUAGAAAAUAUCUUUCAAUACUGUAAUGUUUACUGUAAUAUUAAUCUCAAAUUAUUUUUUGUUUUCUUGCAUUUUUUUCUAGAAUUAUUGCAUUUUACAAA